ACAUGGGUUUAUCAGCCAAUUGAUCUAUUCAAACUUCCGUCUUCUAUAAAACCCCAUGCAUCUUCCUUUCCUAUUUCAUCAGAUCAUCCCUUGCUAUAGCCUUCUCCUCCAUCUUCUACUCAUUUCUCUUCCACCCACAAGAGAGCAACAAGCUAGCUAGCAAUGGAUUCAGUUGGAGAAAUCUAUGAAGCACACCACUCUCAAGGUCCAGCCACAGUACUGGCUAUCGGUACAGCAAAUCCAUCUAACUGUAUGUAUCAGCCGGAAUUCCCUGAUUUCUACUUCAGAUCCACUAAGAGUGAGCAUAUGACUGAAUUGAAAGACAAGUUCAAGCGUAUCUGUGACAGAUCAACUAUCAUAAAACGUCAUCUCUACGUGACUGAUGAUAUUAUCGCGGAGAACCCUGACUUCUACAAUCCUACUGCUCCAUCACUUGAUGCACGCCAAGAUAUUAUGGUUGUUGAGCUUCCUAAGUUGGCUCAACAGGCAGCAUUAAAAGCCAUUGAUGAAUGGGGGCAGCCCAAAUCAAAGAUCACUCAUGUUGUAUUUACCACCAUUUCUGGUGUUGAUGCACCUGGUGCUGACUUCCAACUUAUCAAGCUCCUUGGCCUUUCACCCACUGUAAGGCGUGUGAUGAUGUAUCAUCUAGGCUGCUAUGGUGGUGGCAGUGUCCUCCGUGUUGCCAAGGACCUUGCUGAGAACAAUAAGGGUGCUCGUGUCCUAGUUGUUUGCUCGGAGUUAAACUCGGUCAGUGGCUUCAAGGGACCUACUACGACUGACUUCCACACUCUACUUGGGCAAGCAAUCUUCGCAGAUGGCGCUGCAGCUUUAAUAGUUGGUGCAGACCCUGACACAUCAGUUGAGCGUCCAUUGUUCCAACUCUUUUCAGCAGGUACUCGAAUUCUUCCAGACUCAGAUGAUAUGGUUGAAGGCCACUUGCGUCAAGCAGGUCUUUCAAUCAGCUUAUCCAAGGAUGUAGCCAAAACUAUAGCUGGGAACAUCGGAAAGUGCUUGGAGGAAGCAUUCAGCAAAGUUGGUAUUAGUGAUUGGAACUCCAUUUUUUGGAUAUCUCACCCUGGUGGCCCAGCAAUUUUGGACCUCGUUGAAAAAACCCUUGGUUUGAAGGAGGAGAAGCUAAAAGCAUCAAGGAAAGUUCUGAGCGAAUUUGGUAAUAUGUCGAGUCCCACUGUGAUGUUCAUUUUAGAUGAGAUGAGGAACAAGUCUAAGGAGGAAGGGAAAACCACAACUGGCGAAGGUUUUGAUUGGGGUGUGCUAUUAGGGUUUGGACCGGGUUUAACUGUGGAAACGAUUGUCUUGCGAAGCAUUGGUACAGUUUAAUCCGGGCUUGCUGAUCUUACCAACUUGCGGUCCUUUGUAAUUACACUAUGCUCAAUGGGGUUUAGUUGGAGUUUUCAGUAUAGCCCUGUGUUAAUAUGGUGAUAUGGUUUUCAACAUUGAUUGUUCACUAAGGACCCAGCUCUAUGGUUUUUUUGUUUUUUUGGUACUUGUUAUGCUUGUAAGGGAUGAUCAGAUUGUAACCAAACUGGUUGUAAGUUGUAACCGUAUUUGGUUUCCCUUUUUACCUUUAAUUUUAUAUAUCAUUUUCCUUUUUUAAA